GGUGCCUGGAUCUUGGUGAAACCAUCCCUCAGCUCCUGGAGGGAGCCGGCUAAAUCAUGAAAUUAAUUGCCAUGCUUUUCUUUUGCUCCAGGCUGCUACCAAGCUUAACCCAGGAGUCCUCACAAGAAAUCGACUGCAAUGAUGAAGACCUAUUUAAGGCUGUGGACGCUGCUCUGAAGAAAUAUAACAGUAAAAACCAAAGUGGCAACCAGUUUGUGUUGUACCGUGUAACCGAGGUCACCAGGACGGAUGACCCUGACACAUUUUAUUCCUUCAAGUACCAAAUCAAGGAGGGAGACUGUUCUGUUCAAAGUGGCAAAAUGUGGCAGGACUGUGACUACAAAGAAGCUGAACAUGCCGCCACAGGAGAAUGCUCCGCGACCGUGGGAAAGAGAGGAAAUAUGAAAUUCUCCGUGGCUACACAGACCUGCCAGAUUACUCCAGCCGAGGGUCCUGUGGUGACCAGCCAGUAUGACUGCCUCGGCUGUGUGCACCCCAUAUCAACCGCAAGCCCCGACCUGGAGCCCGUUCUCAGACACGCCGUUCAACAUUUUAACAACCACACCCAGCAUUCCCACCUCUUUGCUCUUAGAGAAGUCAAAAGGGCCCACAGACAGGUGGUGGCUGGAUGGAAUUAUGAAAUUACUUACUCAAUUGUGCAGACGAAUUGCUCCAAGGAACAUUUUCUGUUCUUAACUCCAGACUGCAAGUCCCUUUUGAAUGGUGAUAUUGGUGAAUGUACAGAUCACGCACACAUGGAUCCACAGCUAAGAAUUGCUUCUUUGUCACAAAAGUGUGAACUCUUUCCAGGAGAGGAUUUUGUAGAACCACCUCCCAAGAUUUGCGCUGGCUGUCCCAUAAAGAUACCUGUCAACAGCCCAGAGCUGGAGGAGGCUCUGAAUCAUUCCACUGCAAAGCUUAAUGCAGAGAAUAAUGGAACUUACUAUUUCAAGAUUGACAUCGUGAGAAGUGCAACGGUACAGGUGGUGGCUGGAAAGAAAUUCUUUAUCGAGUUCACGGCCAGAGAAACCAAAUGCUCCAAGGAAAGUAAUGAAAAGUUGACAGAAAAUUGCGAGGCUAAUAAAUUUGGAGAAAUUCUGGACUGUCAAGCUGAAGUUUAUGUGAUUCCUUGGGAGGAAAAAAUUUUUCCUACUGUCCACUGUCAAUCACUGAGACAGACCUCAUUGAUGAAAAGGCCUCCAGGGUUUUCACCUUUCCGAUCAGUACAGGUGGAGAAAGUACAAGAAGGAACAACUAGGCAUCUAAGGCCCUGCGAAUACACGGGCCGACCUCGGGAGGCAGGGCCCCAGCCAGCAUCUGGGAGUGAGGUCUCUUGACCGGUGGGCAGAAUCUUCACACCCGGCACAGUAGCCCCAACAACCUCUAUCACCAGCCCUGCGUGGAAGGACAAGAAGACGGGAUAAAAUGUAAAGAGAAGAAUGCCAUUUGCGUUUUCUGUUGCUGGGUGAAAUAAAGUUCAGUCUUGCAGCUCUCA